AUGGAUUCAACAGACACUACCAGAUACGUGCCAGAGUACCGAAAGGCCAACUUCAAAAACAAGAAUCGGUUCCAGCAAGAUGAAGUGAGGAGAAGAAGGGAAACACAGCAGGUGGAAUUGAGAAAGCAAAAGAGGGAAGAACUGUUAACCAAGAGAAGAAAUUUCAACUCUUCCGAUAUCUCAAAGGAAAAUGAUUCUGACAGCGAAGAAGACACGGAUACUUCUAAUGGGGAACACUUGUUUUAUUCUCAACUGCAGGAGGUGUUACCCAAGAUGAUGGAGGAUGUGACAUCAGCGGACUUAGAGCGUCAACUGGAAUCUACCAUCAAAUUUCGUCAGAUCCUUUCGAAGGAGCAUAAUCCUCCUAUUGACCUUGUUAUUGAAACUGGGGUUGUGCCAAAGCUUGUGGAGUUCAUGAAGGCAGGUCCUGAAGUGUUACAAUUAGAGGCAGCCUGGGCCUUGACUAACAUUGCUUCUGGUUCAUCUGAGCAAACCAAAGUUGUUGUAGAUGCAGGUGCCGUGCCGCUUUUUGUCGAGCUUCUAUAUUCGCAAUCUAUGGAGGUGAAAGAGCAAGCUAUAUGGGCCUUGGGUAAUGUGGCAGGUGAUUCUUCGGCUUAUAGAGAUUAUGUUCUCUCUUGUAAUGCUAUGGAUCCUGUUUUGUCACUUUUCCAAUGCUCCAAAAUGUCACUUAUUCGAACUGCUACGUGGACUCUUUCGAAUUUGUGUAGAGGCAAGAAUCCUCAGCCGGAUUGGCAGAUUGUCAAGUCUGCUCUCCCAACGUUGGCAAAGCUCAUUUUCUCUGUUGACGUUGAGACCCUAAUCGAUGCCUGUUGGGCCAUUUCCUACUUAAGUGAUGGUACUACAGAUGCUAUUCAGGCUGUUUGCGAUGCACGUAUUCCUAAGAGAUUGGUGGAGUUGUUGGGACACGAGUCUACACUUGUGCAAACCCCAGCUUUGCGAGCUGUUGGUAAUAUAGUGACGGGUAAUGAUUUACAGACGCAAAUUGUGAUCAAUGCUGGUGUCUUAACUGCUCUUGCUCCUCUUCUCAGGUCUUCGAAGGAAUCGAUUCGUAAAGAAGCCUGCUGGACCAUUUCAAACAUUACUGCUGGUAACACUGACCAGAUUCAGGCCGUUAUAGACGCCAAUUUGAUUCCUCAAAUCAUCAAAUUGUUGGCUACAGGUGAUUACAAGACUAAGAAGGAGGCUUGCUGGGCUAUUUCCAACGCUUCCUCUGGUGGUCUUACUAGACCAGAUCAAAUCAGGUAUCUGGUUAGUCAAGGUUGUAUCAAACCUCUCUGUGAUUUGUUGGCUAUUGCUGAUAAUAAGGUGAUUGAGGUGGCAUUGGAUGCACUUGAAAACAUUCUCAAAGUAGGUGAGAUGGAGAAGGAGGCUCGUGGAGCAAGCAUCAAUGAAAACGCCAUCUUCAUCGAAGAGGCUGGUGGUGCAGAGAAGAUCUUCGAGUGUCAGAACAACGAGAACGAUAAGAUCUAUUCGAAAGCCUAUCAUAUUAUAGAGACCUACUUCAACGGUGAUGACAACGAUGAGGAAGCGAAUGAGUUGCAGCCGGAAAUGGCCGGUGAUCAGUUCGGUUUCGGUGUUAAUGACAACUACCAACAAGGUGGUUUCAACUUUAACUGA